UGAAUGGGGUUGGUGGGUGUGGAAAUGUGGGACCGGAAACGGUGGUCACAUUAAUUGACCCCUUCUCCAUUUGUUAAUUUCUCCAAUUGAUAAAUCAACGAUGUAAACACAUUGAGCCAUUUAUCAAUUAAAAUGGCAUUUGGGGUACUCAUCCUGCUUGCAUUCCUUGUUCCCGGAGCUUUCCCGGACAUCAGAGUGGCCAUCGGAAAUUGCAGUUAUUACUGGUCUUUAUACAAGGAAACAAUUCCUUCAGAUGCUUAUCUAGGGGGUGUGACUCCUUCUGGCGAAUUAUUUUUCAUUGCUCUCGUCCAAUUAAAACUAAUCAAUGAGAUUUUCGCUGGAAUGCUUCUUGAAAAAACACAAACGACCCGAAUUACGUCUUUAGGACUGACCAAAGAGAUCAAAAAUGACCCCUUUACUGUUGUUAACAUUUUGCGUUCGCAAGAUCCAAAAGCUUUCAAAUGGGUCAAAACAAAAAGUGAAGAUUUGGCCCUUGUGAGCAAUUUGGUCAACGGGGGCAAAGUUCUAGGUCAAGAUUUAUAUAUAGGAAGAAUCAUAAAAGACGGAGGAUCACUACUAGGAAAGGUUUUUCCACACAAAUUUAUUUAUCAGGGACUGUAUGUGCCACAAGAGGGCGUUUUUGCACAGUUUAUGGAGUAUGAAGUUUUGACGUUUAAUUGUGACUAUAAGAGAAAAGGUCAACUAAGCGAGAUGUAAUUUUUAUUUCUUAAACACACUGUAGAAGAAAAAUGAAACACUAUUUUAACUUAGUGCGAAACACCAGAAACGUGUUACCUGAAACACUCUGUGAAUUUGGUUUUUUAUUGAGUAUUGUAUUUUACUUCAUUUAUUUAACAGUGCCUUUAAAAACAAGAAAAUAUUUAUAGUAAAAGUAAGAAAAAACAAUGUUUCAUCUGAAUCACUCUGUAGGUACACUAAUUUAAAUUAUUCAAACUGUAUUUAGCAAUUGUUAUUUCAAACGUCCAAAAAUCUACCUAAUCUGAGACAUUCUGUAAAUUCGUUUUUUUAUUUAGCAUUAAAUUUAAAAAUUCAUACAAGAAAGUAUUCUCGCAAAAAAAAGAGAAAAAAACGUCUUCUUUCAAUCACUCUGUAUUUUCAUUGAAAUUAUUCAAAUGUGUUUUUAACUAAAAAUUUUAAGUUUAAUCGUAAAAACGACUAAUAGUCAAUUCAAUUUGACAUUCUUAUGUGAAUCACUCAGUACAUUAGCUUAAAUUAUGUAAACUUGUUUUUUUUUCAACAAUUUUCAAGUUUAAUAAUAAAAACGACUAAAAUUCAAUUUGAAAUGUAAUUUUUGAAUUCUGUGGAAAAAAAUAUAAACAAUAAAAACAAAAAUAAAACAUAUUUUGUCUUGGCGUAAACAAUCUACCAUCCCAGAAACGUCUUACUUGAGACAUUUUUUAAAGUCUUGAUUUUUAAUACUGUAUUUAAGAGUAAAUUUAAAAAUUGUGGGUACAAGACUGAUUUAAAUUAUUCAAAUUUAUUUUUCUUUGAGCAAUUUUUAUGUUUGAUAUUAAAACGUCUAAAAUUCAAUUCGAAACAACUUCUUUGGUGAAAUUUCCCCUUUGUAAGCUUUGUUCCCUUCAAGAAACAGGUCUUGGAGAAGUGUGCGGACUUAAUGACCCCAUUUCUUGACCAUAACUUGUAUAGCCCAAAGGUUGGGGAUCUCUAAUGUUAUUUUCCCUCAAUGGGUUAACCUGUUCUUGAAGCGACUUCGAUGAAAUUGCAUUAAAGUGUCCACAGGGCAAAGGGUUGAACCGCGUUUGGAUGUCUUAUUCACCCUUUCUGGAAUUUCGAGAUUUUAUUUCUAGAUACGUGAGAAUUGUUACUCGUUGAACUUGUUUUUAUUUAUUAUUCGUUGAAUUGUAAUUGAAAUCGAAACUUUGACGAAACUAGAUUUCAUGAGAAACCUUCCAAGGGACAAAAAAGCUCUUUCAAACGGUCAAAAGGGAUUUUGGUAAUCUAGAGCUUACUUUAGUGUUUUAUUUAUUAUUUUGUUUUAAAAUCCUUAUCUGAUAAAUAAAUACAAAAAAAAAACAAUUAAAUACGACAACUAGGUACUAGCCUUGACUAGCUUUCUCUAUUAUAUUUUUUUUUAAUUACAAUAAAACUUCAUAUUUUUUUAUUUUAACAAUUAACAAUAUUUUGAACUAAUGUUAACUAAUGUUUUAAAUUUAGAACAAUAGAAAAAACUAACCGAGGCGAAGCCGAGUUAAUAUGUGUUUGGUUAUUUUACUAGAAGUAUAGUGCGAUCAAAAAGUCUUUCUAUCAAGUAGGCGUUCUAGUUGAGAACGUAUGUUGCAUAGCAGUUCGUAUGUUAUCUAGAUGUCAUAAAAUUAUUUUAGUAAAAUUAAAACAUUGAGCUAAUUAAAUUGAAUUA